CUCCUUGAUUCCAUCGCCUUACAUUUUGAGGUGAUUUUUUAUCACUCAACUUGAUGCGACUUACUAUUGGUCCGUUUCUCAUCAGAUGAUAGAGAUGGACAAGCAUUAGAUUCAUUUGAGACCGUUGUUAUGAUGCCCCCACCUGUUGCUUUUAGUACUCUUUCCUUUUUGUUUCUACCAUCUAACACCAUAAAGGCAAUCAAUCACUCGUCCUGCUCAAUGAGUUACAUAGAUUUCUUUUCCGAAAGAAUCUUCUAUAUAUAAAGUUUCUUGAUUCAUCUAGAGGUUUACUUCUGUCUGAAUGAGGAGCAGAAAGUGAGUGGAUGUUAUAGAUUCUAGAAUCUUAGUUACACUUUCAGAUAUUCAGACAGAAGCUUGGUGAUGUCUCUUCAGAUAUUCACAAACCCAUCUCAUGGUUUAGCUCAGGUAUGGUUCUCUAAGAGGAUAUCAUGCAAGACAAGACUGAGUCGUGUUCUCGCCACGCCACCGUCUUCAACCCUCUUGCAUAUGGACGAAAACAACAACAAUCUUCCCAAGUCCAUAAAGGGUUUUGAUUCAAGAGGCAGUUUGAACAAUCUCCAUGCAGAUUCUAUGCUCAGGCAGGCCAACACGGUGGGAAUUAUCGGAGGCAUUUCAACUGAUUCCACUCUAAACUUCGUUAGGAAACUCGAGGACUGGAGCUCAAAAGAUGGUAAGAGCUCCUUACCCUUUGUGCUAUGCUCGGAUCCUAAGCUCAACAAGGAGCUUCUCUUAUACGAGGAGAACUCUUACCCUUCUCUCUACCAUAGAGUAAAGCGCACUCCAGCGGAUGAAAACCAGAUUGUGGAGAAUCUAAGGAACAAGAGGAGAUCUCUUGAGAGGUGUGGAGCUAAACUAAUCUUAAUGCCUUGUCAUAUUGCGCAUACAUGGUAUGAUGAGGUCUGUGAAGGGAGUUCAGUUCCUAUGCUUCACAUGGGUGACUGCAUUGUCAAAGAGCUUGAAGAGGCCAAGAUGAAGCCUCUUGAAGCUGGGAAUCCUCUGCGUGUAGGUGUGAUGGCGUCAAGCGCCACGUUAUCCGCAGGGUUCUACCAGGAGAGACUACAGAACAAUGGAUUUGAGGCGGUGCUUCCAGACAAGGCGACAAUGGAUCACACGGUGAUCCCAGCUAUAGAAGCAAUGAAGAGAGAUGACAUGGAAGGAGCAAGGAACCUUUUGAGGAUAGCAUUGCAGGUGCUGUUGGUUCAGGCGGUGAAUGUGGUGUUGCUAGGGUCAGAUGAGAUGAGGGACCUCUUGCCAGGGGAUGAUCCUCUGCUAAAGAAGUGUGUUGAUCCAAUGGAUGCACUUGCAAGGUCUGCCAUCAAAUGGGCAGAGAGUCUAUGAUGAUCUUAAGGAACGAAUUAGUUGAAGUUUGUGUAUUGUAUACAUAGUUGAACUUUGUGGGUGUGUGGACCGGUGUUAGAAAGAUCAUAUCAUUACCAAAACAAAAACCAAAGUCUUUUUAUUUGUUGGGUCAACACAAGUGUGAACAUGUCUAAAGCCAAAUAAGUUUGAACAUGUGUUGGCAUUGAAUGCAUUGUGUAAUAUGCUUUAUUUUACAGACAAUUAUUAGUGGAAAUUAUAAAGGAAAA